GGCGGAGCCGGCGCGGCAGGCCGGACCAGGUUAACCGUCUUCCUCUCGAGGUAUCUGGGCUCCUUGGGCCUAGAGGGGGCACUUGAGAACCUCAAGACUGGCUUUUGCAGCUGGAGAAGGCUUCCAGCCGAGCCUCCCAGGCUUGGGAACGGCCCUUCCUAUGCCAGCCCCCGCCCUCCCCACUACGGCUCACACCUCCCUCCCUGACGCAUUUUGCCGCACAAGCUGUAAUAUGGCGGCAGCGAUGGCGGCCUGAACUCUAGGGAUCCGGGUUGAUUUUUAAUGCUUCAAAAUCGUAAGACUGAGCACUACUGCAGGAUUGCAGUCUUGGAGCCAUGGGAAUAAAGGUUCAGCGUCCUCGAUGUUUUUUUGACAUUGCCAUUAACAAUCAGCCUGCUGGAAGAGUGGUCUUUGAAUUAUUUUCAGAUGUGUGCCCUAAAACAUGCGAGAACUUUCGUUGUCUUUGUACAGGUGAAAAGGGGACAGGGAAAUCAACUCAGAAGCCAUUACAUUAUAAGAGUUGUCUAUUUCACAGAGUUGUCAAGGAUUUUAUGGUUCAAGGUGGUGACUUCAGUGAAGGAAAUGGACGAGGAGGGGAAUCUAUUUAUGGAGGGUUUUUUGAAGAUGAGAGUUUUGCUGUUAAACACAACAAAGAAUUUCUCUUGUCAAUGGCCAACAGAGGGAAAGAUACAAAUGGUUCACAGUUCUUCAUAACAACAAAACCAACUCCUCAUUUAGAUGGGCAUCAUGUUGUUUUUGGGCAAGUGAUCUCUGGUCAAGAAGUUGUAAGAGAGAUAGAAAACCAGAAAACAGAUGCAGCUAGCAAACCAUUUGCUGAGGUACGGAUACUCAGUUGUGGAGAGCUAAUUCCCAAAUCUAAAGUUAAGAAAGAAGAAAAGAAAAGGCAUAAAUCAUCAUCUUCCUCAUCAUCAUCCAGUGACUCAGAUAGCUCAAGCGAUUCUCAGUCCUCUUCUGAUUCUUCAGAUUCUGAAAGUGCUUCUGAAGAGAAAUCGAAAAAAAGAAAAAAGAAACAUAGGAAAAAUUCGCGAAAACACAAGAAAGAAAAGAAGAAGCGAAAGAAAAGCAAAAAAAGUGCAUCAAGCGAAAGUGAGGCUGAAAAUCUUGAAGCACAACCCCAGUCUACUGUCCGUCCAGAAGAGAUCCCUCCUAUACCUGAAAAUAGAUUCUUAAUGAGGAAAAGUCCUCCUAAAGCUGAUGAAAAGGAAAGGAAAAACAGAGAGCGAGAAAGAGAAAGAGAGUGUAAUCUACCUAACUCUCAGCCAGCUUCAUACCAGAGACGACUUUUAGUUACUAGAUCUGGCAGGAAAAUUAAAGGAAGAGGACCAAGGCGUUAUCGAACUCCUUCCAGGUCCAGAUCAAGGGAUCGUUUCAGACGUAGUGAGACUCCUCCACAUUGGAGGCAAGAGAUGCAGAGAGCUCAAAGAAUGAGGGUAUCAAGUGGUGAAAGAUGGAUCAAAGGGGAUAAGAGUGAGUUGAAUGAAAUUAAAGAAAAUCAAAGAAGUCCAGUUAGAGUAAAAGAGAGAAAAAUAACUGAUCACAGGCAUGUAUCUGAGAGUCCAAACCGAAAAAAUGAAAAGGAAAAGAAAGUUAAAGACCAUAAAUCUAACAGCAAAGAGAGAGACAUCAGAAGAAAUUCUGAAAAAGAUGAUAAAUAUAAUAAAAACAAAGUGAAGAAAAGGGCCAAAUCUAAAAGUAGGAGUAAGAGCAAAGAGAAAUCAAAGAGUAAGGAAAGAGAUUCAAAACAUAAUAGACAUGAAGAAAAGAGGAUGCGGUCAAGGAGUAAAGAUAGGGAUCAUGAGAAUGUUAAAGAAAAAGAAAAACAGUCUGAGUCUAAAGGAAAAGAUCAGGAAAGGAGUAGAAGUAAAGAGAAGUCUAAACAGUUAGAAUCAAAAAGUAAUGAGCAUGAUUACAAUAAAAGUAAGGAAAAGGAUAGGCGUGCACAAUCUAGGAGCAGAGAAUGUGAUAUAACUAAAGGUAAACACAGUUACAAUAGUAGAACAAGGGAACGAAGCAGAAGUAGGGACAGGAGCAGAAGAGUGCGAUCUAGAAGCCAUGACAGGGAUCGCAGCAGAAGCAAAGAGUACCACAGAUACAGAGAACAGGAGUACAGAAGGAGAGGACGGUCACGAAGCCGAGAGAGAAGAGCAACACCAGGAAGAUCAAGAAGUAAAGAUAGGAGGAGGAGGAGGAGAGAUUCACGGAGCUCAGAGAGAGAAGAAAGUCAAAGCAGAAACAAAGAAAAAUACAGAAACCAAGAAAGUAAGAGUUCACACAGAAAAGAAAAUUCUGAGGGUGAAAAAAGAAUGUACUCUAAAAAUCGUGAUCAUAGUAGCUCUAAUAAUAGCAGGGAAAAAAAGGCUGAUAGAGAUCAAAGUCCAUUCUCAAAAAUAAAACAAAGCAGUCAGGACAAUGAAUUAAAGUCCUCCACAUUGAAAAAUAAGGAGGAUGAGAAGACCAGAUCCUCAGUGGAAAAAGAAAACCAAAAAUCAAAGGGUCAAGAAAAUGACCAUGUACAUGAUAAGAAAUUUGAUCAUGAAUCAAGUCCUGGAACAGAUGAAGACAAAAGUGGAUGAGUGAGUUGGGUAAACUUAUUUCCAUUCUGUCUAAAAUUUUAAGUUUUAGAGACUCGCUAAUGAAUCUCCUUUAUGUUGUUUUCCUUUUCAUUGUUUUUGGGUUAUUUUAUGUUUUCCUUUUUUUUUUUUUUAAUGUGGAUUUCAUUGAGUUGCUCUUUUGAUAAUCUUCAAUCUGGAUAAUUUGUACUGCUAAAGUUUUAAUAAACUUGAAAUGAGAAAAACACUUUGGUGUAAUACUGUGUGCUGUGUUUAACUAUUAUAUAUGUAUUAUUGUGUUGCAACAAUCAGCCAGUAGCAUCCUGAUUUGUUUAAUCAGCCAUUUGGAAACAGGCAUAAGUGAUGGCUGCAAUACAUUGUUAAAAAGGCUGUGUUUCUCAUAAUUAAAGUAACUUUAGAAGCCACUAGAAGAAAUCUUGUGUAGAUUUUUUGACUACAUUUUAAUAGAGGUUUGCUGCAGUUUCUUUUAAUUAUGCAGAAUCAGGAUCCUAAUAACUAGAGAUCUUAUUAAGUCAUCACUUUUGAUUUUAUAGUAAUUUGUGCUUUAAAAUAUUUAGUUAUUUAUAUUGCACUUCAUACUUUAUAGUUCCAGCCAUAGCUUUUUUCAUAUUAAUGCUUUUCCUGUCUAGUUUUGUUUCACUUAACUGCUUAUGAAAGUCUUACAAGAGUAAUUUUUCUGUUGAUAUACUGAUUGAGCUUCAGUUGCUGUUAUACAGCAUUUGACCGGAACUAUACCUUGGAAAAUCAGAUUGUAAUUCUCAAUUCUAUGUUGCUUUUGGUUUGAGAGUUGAAAUUAUUGCUUUGGGGGGGAGGGCAUUGUUUUAUUAUCAUUAAUACCCUUUUUCUAAAAUAAAAAAAAAUUUCUCACUAAAACAUACCACUCGUACAGGACUUUAAGCUAGACAGAUUCUAAAAAUUGUUAGUAUUGACACCUUAACUUCUAAGAUUUCUCAGUUUUGGCCUCCGACCUAUAUAGAAUUGAGUGUUAACUCUGCAUGCUUUUUGUUUUUUGUUUUGUUUUGUUUUUUUUAAUUGAACUGACUUCUCUAGGUCUCUCAGCUGUGAGUUUCAAAUGGCCAGAAAAUGCAUCUUUUCUAUAUCAUGAUAUAGGCUGUGUAGCAUGUUUAUGACUCUGGUUUCUUUUCUGUUCAGGUGGCUUUAUACCAUUACUCUUAGUGUUAUUUUUAACUUGGCAUGUGUAACAUUGCCAUUUAGGGUAGAGUAGAAAGUUGCAAAACUUGAUAGCUUACAGAGUUAAACACUAAACAUAUCCAAAGUCCAUUUAGAGUUUCGUGUGUUGUAUUUUGCUAUUUUUGUGAUGUGUGGCCUUUUAUUCUGUAAUAACUCUUUUAAAGAAAACAUUGAACAUCCAGCAAACAUAAAACCUGCCUCAUUUGAAAAGAAAUUUCAAGAUUCCAAUUAAUAGUAGCCUCUAGAGAGUUUUGUACUUUAAUAUUUGUCAGUAUAGUGUCAAUUCUAUUACCACGGUAGCUUCUUGGUUAAUCCAGUAGCUACUCAGUGCUAUUUGUACUCAAUAAAGCAAUGCUUAACAUGAUACUUUCCAUUAUUGAGUAAUAUAGUUAAUGAUACAUUUGGCAUUGUGGUAGCUCUUACAGAAUGAAGUGUAAUGAUUAUAAGAUUGUUUGGGAAAUUGUAAUAAAUACAGUGGGUUCUUUCCAAAUUUUUUUUUCUAAUGAUAAAAUAGUGGAUGUUUAUUAUAAUCCAGGGUGACUGAUUCCUUAGAGACUGACCACAAACCCACAUUAAGGAUAAUUGAGUCUGAGUGUCCAAACUAUAUAAUCUGUUAUAUAGUUUAAACAAAUUAUUGUUUGUUUUAAAUUCAGUAAAUGGCAUUUUAAAAUCUUUGUUAUAAACUAUUUGAGCUUCAAGACAGGUGCUAUUUAAGAAAGGAUUUCUAAUAGUUAUAUAUAUUUUUUAAAAGUCCACGCUAUGUAAAACUACUUCAAUGUUGUCUGAUCCCACAGCUUUAUCUACUAAGAAUUACAGACAAGGACUUUCCAAAUCUUAAGAGUUUCAAAAAGUAACCAUAGGGGGAAAAAUUUAGUAAUUUCUAUAAGCAGUAUUCUCCUGUUUGGAUUUCCAAAAGAGUGACUCCUUGCUAAGCAUGAUUCAUAGUCCUUUUUUAAAAUGCUUUGUUAGCUCUUUUUAUAGAACAGAUGUGAAGGAGUUGAGAGGACAAUCAGAUUUUGUUUUUAGAAUAUAAAGAAUAUUUAGGAAAAGAUUAAAUAGCAUUAACUGUACCUCAAGAUAUAUACUUGCAUAUGAAUAGCACAUAGCUCAAAUGGUCAUUUCCUUCUUUUAUAUUUUAAUAGUUGUACCAUCUUUAGUUUUUACAUUACACAUUAUCUGUUUUCCUGAAAGCCAGGUGUUUGCUUAUCAAAUUGAUUUUAUAGUUAUGUCUAAGCUUAUAGUUUAUGUCGAAGUAUCUUUUACUUAAUAUCCUUUUAAAGAUAUUUAACUUGGUUUAUUUUUAUUGCUUGAUUGAUGAUAGCCAAGAAAAUUUUUCAGUAUGUAGAAUUUUCAUGAUAUUAUUUUGUGUGAGUUAUUUUUCUGGGUAAGCUGUCUGCCACAAAAAUUGACACUGCAGAGAGAUUAAUAUCAAUGAAAUGAGCAAUAGAGAAGCUGCUGGGUUGCUUUAAAACAUUCUUUGAUUAAGUUAUGGUUGGUGAGUUCAUGUAACAAAGUAGUUUGUUUUAAGUUACGUACUUGAAACCCUCAGAAGUUGCAAAGAAUUUAUGUGAUAAAUCUGUCUUUGCACAAGUGUGAUAUUUUGAUGCAUGUUGGCUUUUGCUGAAUGGCCUUUGAUUCUUGUGCCUAGUGGAAAGUAUGAAACUAAACAAAGUUUGUUUAAUGCUAUGAAUAGGCACAAAUUGGGUUUCUGGUAUUUUGGGUAGUGGUAUUGACUGGCAUUUCUAAUUUAUUUUCUAGUUAGUAAAUGGAGCAAGUUAGUAUGUCUUUCAGUAGUUUAUAGUACUUCAUUCCAGUUGGUAAUAGUUUUUCAUCACACUGAACUUUUUAUAGUAAAUUUCUAUAGAAAGUUGAGUUUGCCUUCACCAGAAGGUACUUUAAAUAUACAACAUAUAGCUGAUAGUUAUAAAGAAAUAAAAUGGGUGUUUUUCUGUCUCCUUUUGGUUAUGUUUUCUGUAAUUAUUUUGAUUAGAAUUCAUACAUUUACAAUUGAAUAAACUCUCUAAAGGAUUUUAGGUUGAUAACCUCUUUAUUGUGAAAAGAUGUGUUUAUUACAAAUACUUGUUUAAAAAAUUAAUAAAAUAAGCCCCAGGAAGUUCAGUAUUGACUGGCACACCUGCCCAUAGUGGGCUUCCCAACUAACUGCCUUUAAGGGAUUCAGGCAAAUGCAAACUCUGUGACCUGUUGUGUGACAAAGUAAAUAUUAAAGGGAAAAAAAUCACAUGAAUAGGAAAAUUACAUCAGCAAGGUUGGAGAAGGGAGUCUUUGAGGGUUUUCUUUGUUUUUUGUUUUUUGUUUUUUUUGGUACAGGGGGCAGUGGUGGGAUUGAUUUGUGUUUCUCCAUUUUUGUUUUGUUUUUUUCUCUAAGCAAAAUUCCGUAUGUUACCAAAAGCACAUGCUGUAUAUUUUCUUCCCCUUUUGUGUGUAUAUAGUGUUUUUGAAAGACUGAUAAAUGAAUUGGGUAUUUGUAUGUGGGGAUGUUCAAAGUUGUGGCUGCUCUCUUUGUGGAAGGAAGAAACAUAAAUGAAGUUAAUGCACUUCUUUUCUGAGCUCAAAGGUCACUGUGAUGUAUAUUUUUUUAAUGAAAUUUAGAAAUAAAGCUGUUGUCUUCUCGAUUGUAAAAUUGUAAAAUGCUGCUUCUCUUAUCAUUAGUCUAGUAAUUGUUGAGCUGUUUUCUGCAAACUGCAUUUUACAAAAUUUAAACUUCAAAACUGUAUUAACUUUUAUAGUUAAACAUUGUAUUAAAUAAACUAUACUAUAAUAAA